UUGAACCAUUAAUCAGUAGAGAUGAAUUAUAAUCCUUCAGCAAGAAUGUCUGCUGCUGCUGUUGUUUCUUCCUCUACUUCAACAAAACUUGAAAGAAAAGUGCUUGAGAGAAAUAGAAGAAAUCAAAUGAAGAUCCUAUUAUCCCAUCUCAAUUCUCUUCUUCCCAAACACGGUCCAAAUAAGAAAUCAUUGCCAAUACCUGGUCUAAUAGAUGAAACAACCAACUACAUAAAAAAUCAAGAAAAUAAGUUGAAGAAAUUAAAGGAAAAGAAAGAAAAAUUAAUUUCCAGUAGAAUAAAGAGGCCAUUUACUGAAUCUACAUCAGCAUUAAGACCACCUCGGCUUCAAAUCAAAGAGAUGGGUUGUGUUCUUGAGAUAAUUUUGAUAAACGGGUCCGAUAAUCAGAUCGUUUUCUACGACAUGAUUCGGAUUCUGCAUGAAGAAGGUGUAGACAUUGCUAGUUCUAGUUAUUCAGUUGCUGGAAACUCAAUUAUCCAUGUAGUGCAUGCACAGAAGAAGGGAUCUAAUUUCAGUUUUAAUGCUGCAAAAAUAAUUGAGAGACUGAACAGGUUUGUUGAUGGAAUGACAAGCAAAAUGCAGUUCUAAACCAGAACUAUGGGAAUUUUAAUGGUCCUCAAUUAUAUAGACUGACAUAUAGAUAUUCAAAAUUAAAUUUAAAUGUUCAUCACUUUAUUUUCAGAGCCCGGUUGAGCGUGCUAUCUCGAUAUAUUGUCUUAUAAUUGAGAUUCGUUCAUGACAUCUCGUACGUUCUGUACCAGAAAAGAAGUUCAUCACUUUUGCUUCAGUGUAUUAGAAAUUAAGCAUAUGAUGUAAUGAUAAUUUAAUUGUGUAUUUAUUAAUAUUGUAUACAAAAGUAACCAAAUAGAAAAAGACACAUAGAUAAAAAUAUUCUAAAUUAUUUUUAGAAAAAUAUGUAACUGAAGUUGGAAAUUGUCAAUAUGCCUAUUGAAGAUUAAGAAAUAUAAUUUAUAAAUAUUGAGAUGAUGUAA